AAUUGCGGUGAGCGACGCUUCCUCGCCGAGCGUCGAGCUUGCCCUCAAUCGGUCUGAUGAGAAGCAUUUCUCGCUCUUGUGACGGGAACGCUGGAGCAGCCGUGCUCUCCCGCUGUCUGCCGUUCCUGCUAGACAUCGCCCAACAGCAGCUUCUUGCGCUUCGCACGGAGCAUCAGGUGUGCGAUUCCUCCGAGCUCGCUCAGCCAGCAAAGGCGGUGCUUUGUCUCCUUCUCACGGCUUGUCACGGUCUGGUGCGAAGGGAAAGGCUGUGCGAGUGCACGAGGCUGCGUCUGGUGAUCUCUCGCCGCUGUCGUCGAGGGCAGAAGCAGCUCGUGCGAUCGGCCGAGCAGCGCAGCAAUCUCUAGCCAGCCGGGCACGCUGGAAGCAUGCCUGGCCGACAGCUUCCUGGCCGCGACAUUGGGCCAAGGGUGAGCGAGGGGAGCUCUCGCCGCUGCAACGGGGUCAGGCAUUGUCAUGCCCGCUGCCCCAAGCGUUUGCUCGCUUCCGUCACUCCGGCACAUGGCGCUCUCAACGCUCUGCCUCCCUCGCUCGAGCCGCGGUGCCUGUACGUCAAGGUGUCGACCACGUGUGUAGAGCGUACCAAACGACGCUUGCUCGCUCGGGAGCUUUUGCUGUUCUGUCCUGCGCCCAAGGCCGGCUUGGACGGCUGCGUCCGGCGAGGCGUGCGUUGUUCUCGUCAGGAGGAUCUCGAGCUGCCCACGCUUUGCUCACCGUCGCUCUCUAGACCCUGGUCCGGAGCGCCGAGCGUCGAUCUCGGCCCUCGGCCCUCGUGCGUUGCUGCUGCAGCUGCAUCUUGCUUCGGCGGCGCGGCCCCGCGCCUUGCGCCUGCAUCGGCGACUCGCUUCGGCGGGCAUGCAUGCAGCGGCGCAGCGGCGCGCAUGGGAGCUUGCCGCGUUGGCUCCCUCGACGUCGGCGAGGACACGGCUGAUGUGCUGCCUCGACGACGUCGAGCUCACCUCCUGCGCUGCUCGCUUGCUUCUCAUGUCCGAGGAGAAGCAGCGUAUUUCAAAUCACGCAGCGCGUCCCUCCCAUCUUGCUGCCUCGUCGGACGAGCCGAGCCACGUGUGCGCGCGCCUGUCCCACUCCUCCGUCAUGUCAUGCGAUGGCCGCAGCCUGUCUCCAACGCCCUGCGUCUAGCUCAAAAGAGCGCUGCAUCCGUCCAAGCGAGAGAGGCAGACGUCCUCGUGCGCUGGCAGCCUGUCAGACAGAACGUACCAUCGAGCGCGCUGGCCAGCGAGUUGACCCUGUUCUACCGCCGAGCUGCUGCGCGUGCCUGGCUGUCCGUCUCUGGGCGACGUGGGCCAACAUGCACCGCUGCGGCCGCCGCCCGCGUCUGGGCUCCCAAGGCAAGGAGGCAGAGGCAGCGAGCGCUGCUGCGUGCCAGCGAGGCAAGGCCAAGCCCACGACGGCAAGGCGGCUUCGCCCGCUCGCCCGUCCGCGGCAUGCGGAGAGCGGCUCGGUGCUCGGCGGCGCGCGGCGGAGCGAGGUGUCGGAGAUGGGCUGACUUUUGCAGCUCCGGCCAGCGGGUGUGCGCCGUGCGUGUCGGCGCAAGCGGAGCAUGAGCCAUCCCACGGCAGGCGCGCGCGGCACGGCGAGAGAGCCGCGAAAGCGCAAGGCGAGGUGGAACGUUGUUCUAGUGCGCUGCUGAAGGGACGCAUGUGGGCCCACGCGACGAGCUC